GUUGACUUGAUGCAAACAAUUGAAGGCAGUAGAAAUAUCCAAAGUAAACAAUAGUGCCUGUAUUAUAAUGAAUUAUGAGAACAGGGAAACAAGAGUGUUUGUUGGUAGUUGUUGUUGAUGUAGGUACGACAUAAAACUGCGACGUAUACACAAAUUUCCUUCCAUGCCCCGAUAUCUUCUGUAUAUAUCAUAUGUCGGGACAUAUUUCAGGGCAGUGCAGAAGCAAACUUUCCGGACAGAACCUGAAGUCAAAGAUCCUGAGUCUGUGCAAGGAAUUCUGGAAAUAGCAUGUAGAAGAUUUAAGCCGGCAAAUGAACCAAAAGUGUAUGUUUCUAGCAGCUGUGGUGAGGGUAGAGGAUGUAACACCCAGCCUUGGAAUGUGCCGAGUCACCCACUUCACCACGUUUCCAGUGCCGCUGUCUCUGUUGCAGCUGUUCACGUAACGCCAAGAACUGACAAAGGUGUCCAUGCAUUACUGUCAUCUGCCCAUGUUGAUCUAGAGCGCCAUACGGGUGGUGGGUAUGACCCAGAGUGUUUGACUGUGGGUUUCAACAGGUAUUUUGAGAAGGCCAAAGUUGGACUUAGAGUGCAAAAGUGUCAGCUAGUCCCAGAUACAUUUCAUUCAAGACAUAGUGCAAAGUGCAGAACUUACUUGUAUCGUCUAGCUGUGAGGAAACAAAAUGCACCAACACUACAAAAGAUGGGCUUCAAAUAUUUGGCUGAAAUACCAUUUUCUGAAUGGAGGAGAUGUUAUUUUAUACAGAAUCCAGAAUUCAAUGUUGAUGCGAUGAAACAAGCCGCGGCACUUUUCCCAGGAAUAAAAGAUUUCAGGUCAUUUAUGGGUGCUUCGCGAGAUGAUCGAGACAUCAGGACUGUAAGAAGUAUGAAAGAACUCUGUAUCAAACCUGGCCAGCAAUUCCUAAGCGAUGAUUAUAUGCCAAGUUGUAAGCAUUAUGAUUUUUGGGAAGUAACGUGUAAAGGGCAGUCAUUUCUGUAUCGACAGGUACGAAGAACUGUAGCAGCUCUGAUUGCAGUGGCUCAAGGAAGACUAACUCUGGAAGACGUCCAGUACAUGUUAGAUGUACCUAGUAAAGACAGUUGGAAUCCUAAGGCUGUCACAGUGCCCCCCUAUGGGUUGUUCCUUGUUAACGUAGAAUAUGAUCCACAAGAUCUUUUAUAUGAAAGAAACUGUGAUAAUCAGUGGACAGAGAACAACAAUUUGUAGAGA